AUGGUGGAGGGGAGAGGGAGUGUGGCUGGGACCUUGGCCAUCGUCGUCCUGCGUUGGCAUCCCAUCGUUGUGUCGCAUUUCGUUGUUGCCUCCUCGUCGCGUGUUCGCGUUUUCGUCGAAUCCGCCGGAAUCCACAGGAAUCCACCGGAAUCCGCAGGAAUGGGACCGGAAUCUGCAGGAAUCCACAGGAAUCCGCAGGAAUGGGACCAGAAUCCGCAGGAAUGGGACUGGAAUUCACAGGAAUGGGACUGGAAUAGAAUCCUUGAGGCCAUUCGCCAUCGUCGCAACGCCAAUCUUCGAGAGUUCGCAAACGCCAUCGCGGACCUGUGUCUCACCGCCGAGCCUGGAACUCUUCUAGGCACUGUUUUCGAGACUCGCGAGGAGUUCGGCUUGUGGUACAGCUUCGUUCAAGACUUUGUAGAUACUCAGGGGGUCCCAGUGCCUGCGGGUUCAACGACGGCCGAUUUGGAGAGACUCAUCUCGCUUUUUCAGCGAGACGAUUCUCCUCCCAUUGCUGGGCCUUCAUCUCUGACACCUCGUCAACGCCGCGUCCGCUCGCUGUCCCUUAUUCCUUCUAUCGCCGUUGCUUCGCCUGGUCUUCCACCUUCCGCCCAUUCUCAGGAGGAGGAGGAGGAGGUUAUUGACGAGCUUGUUGACAAGGAUUUUUGGACUUUCUAUAUCAACCUUUUUGUGUCAUUAUCUUUUGUACAUCCCCGCAAGCUUGUCAAGUCCAAGGCUGUUGUUGAGGACAAGGAUGACGAGGUCGAGAUUGUCCCCAGCCCCUCGGAUACCGACGUUAUGAUGGGUGGGUGUGAUGGCCCCAACGCUAUCACUGCAGCUGACACCAUGGCAGUGGACAACCUCUUCGGUGACGAAGAAGUCAAGGACGCUGCUUCCUCUCCCAAAGAGAAAGGCAAGAAGCGCGCUGCCUCUGGUCCCAAGACCCCAGCCAAAUCCAAGCAUGCCGAAACGGUCAGCAUUCCCUACGACGCUGUUCCAGGCAUGGACACUAACAGUCGCGAAUUUCACAAGGCCCUCGUCGUCGAGCAUGCCAAAGGCAGUUGCGCUGGCAACAAACGCCCUCGUACUGAACCGCCCUUUAUUAGUGGUUUAGCAGAUCUUCAGUCUCGUCAAAACGAGUCUGCCAACUCCUUGCUCAUCGACAACCCUCUGUACAGGGAGAUCUUAGCGCGCGCACAUGCUGCUGUUACCAACCGCAUGCCGGCUUAUCCCACCCUUGCUUAUUUCAAGCAGCAAGAGGUCGAUCUUCGUGAACGCGUUCUUCUUAGCAUGCAGUGCCUCGACUUGGAGCUUCGUCUUCGCGAUGUACUUGUCGCUGAUUACGAAAUUGCCCUUGCCCAGAUUGCUGAGCGUGAAGUAACUAAGGAGUAG